AUGUCACAGCACAACCAUGGCCGUCAAUUCGGUCCCCAAAAACCGUAUAUUGAACCACCUGCUCAGAAUUAUAGUUUCGCUGCUGCAACUCGUCAACAAGAACCCUUUCAACCUCGCACUUCUCAGCGACCUUCACACCCAGCUGACCAGCUUCCAGACAACCAACAAGCUAAGGGAGCAUAUAGUGAACUAACUCCUCCUGUCCGGUCACGUUCAGACGAUGUUGCUUGUAAACCUAAUCGAGCCUCGUUUCCUUCAGCCUCGGCGAAGCCACUAGGAAUCAUUCAACCUAAGCCAAUCCUCAAAAAGGCUGCACCACUCAAAGGAGAACCUCAAGAAGCCGAAUUUCAGCAUCACCGUCAACAUCAGAUUUCAGCCACCAUCAGGACGAGGACUGAUGAUACUGGGGAAUCAAAGGCUGGUAUAUUCAACAAAACUUUUCAGCAAGAAUCAAAUUCACUCCCCAAUCAAGAAGUAUCAACCCCAAGAAGAGCAUAUGACGAUCAACAGUAUGUUUCGCCUCCCAAAUCUCGACAGCUGAAGCCUCAACAUUCUAUGCCUCACCCUGGAACUCAGAUUCCCUCACCACAAUCCCAACCUAUCCAAGCGUCAGCACCUCGACAACCAAGUCGUGAUAUUGGCCGGGGGGCUGAUGAUUCAGCGGAACUGAGGUACAGUACAAAUAACCCGCCGAAAACUUAUGUGCCACGAGACAAUGCCGGUUACAGUGAUCGCCGAAUCCCAAGUCUGUCCUCAACUUCGCCCAGACUCGUCGAAGAGACAGACGAAAGCUAUGGCUCGGUUGGACAAAAGGUUGACGAUGUUCUUCAUUCUGCACGGGACAUAUUCGAGGCAAUGAGGAUCAAAGAAUCGUGGUAUCCCAAAGCCGUCCAAGCUCGUGACAACGAGAUAGAAAGACUCAAUACAAUUAAUGAGCGACUUGCUCAUGAUGUACACAAAGCGAUUGACACCAAAACAAGAACUAUUGCACAAGCAACUGCGUGGUCGAAACAAGUCAAACAGAAACAAAGGGAAGAAUCUGAAGCUCGAGUGGCGAUGGAUCAGGUGGCACAUGAGAAACACGAAACUGUCUCAAAAUUAGCUAACCAAGCAAUGGAAGAGAUGAAAGACUUCAAAGAGCAAAGCAUUGGUCCCAUCGAUCGCGAGGUGAAAGCUUUGACGAGUACCUUUUCGACGCUCCGCGCUGCUCUCAACGUAGUCAAAGAAGAGGCUUUCAAGAGCCACAGGAUUGCUGAGGAUCUGGCAAAAUGUCAGGAGGAAAUUGUGUCACUCAAGACCGCAGCGAGAACUAAGGACUCGCACAUACUUCAACUAGAGACUAAGCUGGAGCACUAUGAGGCCGCGGUUGCGCCAGCCUUGGCAAAGCUAGAUGGCAAGGUAGCCGAUUUACAAAAGGAAAAAGGUCCCUAUGCAGAGGGCAUCGACAUUUUGAUUGCGAAAAAUACCCAGUUGCAUGAGCAGCUCUUAGUGUCCCACAGCAAAUUGAACAACUGCCAAAGCGAUCUCGAAAGACUUCGGGAAACCAAGGAUACCUACGAGAAUCGUCUGGAAGAAUAUGCUGAUAUCCUCCGACAAAAAGGAUGUGAUGCAGAUGACCUCUCCUCAAUGAUAGACCAAUUGGAGAGCAGACAUCAAAAAGAGAUCAAGGAGGUGGAGAAAAGGUACUCCAAAGAACUGAAAGAUGACAAAUUUAGGCUUGAACAUGCCGCCGGCUUGAUCGAUCAUCUGAACAAAGACAUGGAGAGUAUGAAGCAGCAGGAGGCAGCAUAUCAAACAACCAUCCUUGAGAAGGAAGGUCUAGUAACAAAGGUCGAUGAGAUGAAAGAGAAAUUGAUUCAGAUGGAGCGAACAAUCCGGGAUACGGAGUCUGCUAAAGCAGAAGUAGAAAAGCAAUCUCGAGAAUCUCAACUGAGAGCGCAGGAAUACUUGUCAAAGCUAUCGGCAACGGAAGAAAUCCUCAAUGACAUGAAGAAGAAAAGCCGUGAUCAGGAGAAAGAGAAUCUCAAACAGUAUAAUGACAAUCUCAAGGCGAUGGAACUCUCAAUACUAAAAAAGCUUCCUAUUACCAGCAAUAACGUAGAUGAGAAGUCGACACUCAAGAAGCUGGAAGACCAGUUGCGAGCUUGCAGAGAGGAGCUGGAAGUAAAAUUGGUGGAAAUCGCAGAACUGAAACAUAAAUCCAUUGAAGAUGUACCGGUGCACAGAUGGAAGAAUAAUCGUCCUACCCCAGGAGAGAUUGAACUUUACAAGCUCGCUGAAGAGAAUUGCAGAAGCGACCAAAAAGAAAAAGAAAAGGCUACUUCUAACCUCAUCAAAUCGCUCGAAGCCCAGCUUACCAAGCAUAAUAAAGAACGAGAUGAGCCAGCGAAGGACAAGCAAUUGGAAGAACAAAGACAGCGCAUUCAGGCAAUGUCAAGCUGCACACCAAUAGUUCCUUCAGAUACCCUCGACCCGAUACCGUUAACAUCUGGAUCACAUACUGGCUUGACCCAGUCAAAACGUGUUAAACGUCGAGUGUCCGUUCCAGAUGAAUCUGAACAAGACGAAUUAGCCUCUCCUGAGAUCAAAAAUAAGAAAGCUAAACUCGCAGAGGCUUCGAAGCAUCUUGAUUUAACUGAAGAUGAAGCAAACAGCCGUCUCCGUCGCCUUGCGGCUUCAAACGCCCCUCCUUCCCCAGGCGUUGCGGAAGGAAGUAAAGCUUCGGGAAGAGGUAAAGUGAAAGCUAAGGAGAAGAACUUGGAGAGGGUUGACGACCAGGACGAAGGAUCAACUGAAAGGAAAGAAAAAAGAAGUGUCGGAUCUGCAAAGAAGAAUGGCGAUGUCGUAGAUUCUCCUUCCGAAUCAAUAGGGGAUAUUUCUACUCCAUGUACUCAAGAUGCUACUCCUUCCUCCCAGAUUAGAUACAACAAGGCCAAACCUACUGCCGCUCAGAACAAUAUUUCUAAACAGAAGGCUUAUGGCAAGAAAACGAAAAAUGCGGCUAAAGCUAGGGAUGGUAAGGGAGAUGACGAUGAAUAUUACGGCCCUGGGAUGUAA